AUGAAUCACCAAAACAACAGGAGUUACUAUUAAUUAAACACAACUAACAUAUUAUCUACAAAAAGAGUUCCAAGCUUGACACCUCCUAAAAAUUAUCAUAAUAGUAACUCUCGAGAUAAAAUAACUAAAUAAGUAAAAGAUAAAGCCGCAAAUAAUAUAAUAAAAGCAGAAGGAUUAAAUUUCCCAAUUCAGAAUGCUUUGUUUUUACAGCAAUAAAAUACAAUUUUAUCAGCUCGAAAGGCUACUAUAAAUUUGAGUGAGAGUUCGGAUAAACUUAGAAAAACAUCUCCCAUUUAAAAAUCUCCAAACAACCCUAGAUUGUCAACUAUGUAAAAGAACAAAUAAAUCAGCAUCUCGUAAUCAUAAUAAGCAAUUGCCUAGGUAUUAGCAAAAAUGUAGGAAAAUGAUAAUAUAUCUUACAUCAACAAAUAAUUGUAUCGUAUUCCAGAAAUAGAAUCCACUUAAAAGAGUACUAUAAAUAGCAGAGAAUAUACUAACUCUUCUAAACACAAAACUGAGGAUUAUCAAAAAUUAUUGAAGGAGAACUUGAUACUUCAAAAGAAGGUGUGCAAAUUGGAAUAAAAGAUUUUGGAACUAGAAUAACUUAAUUAAUAAUUACUAACCCUUUCAAAGCCAUGCUAAUGUCACUUAUCUCAAUUGAAGGAAUUAGAAUAAGGCAUAGGUAAUAGGAAUUAGAUUCAGGAUAUUGUGAACCAUUUAUAAUUGUAAGACGUAGAUCAUUUAAAUAUAUAAUCAAGAGAAGAACAAUAGAAAAAGAGAUCAUCUUAUUGUUAAGAAUAUUCAGAUGUAAAACCCUAAAAUUUGUAUGAUAAUUAAAAUUCGAAUUAAAUAAUUGAUCAACUAAUCGAGCAAUAUCAAAAAAAUACCUAGGAACUGGCAGUUUUCAAAGGCUUAACAAAAGUCAUGGAUCAAAAUAGAUUGCCCAUUCCUUCGGUACUAAAAACAUUAUCUUUAGUUAUUAAAAUAUGA